AUGGAAACAGGCUUGUUUGUAGCGUAUCUUGCCUUGUGUAGUAUGGCAGUGGGGCCAAUAUACUAUGGGUCAUUUGCCUCGAUAAAGUGGCCAAAGAAAAAGAAAUCCAAAAAAGGACCACAACCCCAUGAUUCAGAUUCCUCAGAUGAAGAGUCGAUCGAGUCGUUAUCCACCGAAGAUGCCUAUCUUUUCCCGUUUUUCGGUUCCAUAGUAUUAUUUUCACUGUAUCUUAUCUUCAAGUUAUUGGAUAAAGAUUACGUGAAUUAUCUGGUCAAUGCGUACUUCUCGUUUCUUGGGAUUAUUGCGUUGACUAGUUUGGGUGCUCACAUGGUACGAAAUUUCGUCGGGAUCAAAGCAGAUGCCUAUCGAUUCAUCCUGACUAAAAAAUCAAAAGUAACGAAAAUAGAAAUCUACAAAACAAGCUUUACCGUGAUACACAUUGGCGCGUUUCUCUUGUCGGUUCUACUCACUGCGUAUUAUAUCUUUACAAAAAACUGGAUUGCUUCAAAUCUGUUCGGUCUCGCUUUCGCGUUCAAUGGUAUAAAAAUGCUAUCGUUGGAUUCAUUCAAAACCGGGAUGAUCCUGUUGAGCGGUUUAUUUUUCUACGAUAUUUUCUGGGUGUUUGGCACGGAAGUGAUGGUCACGGUGGCAAAAAGUUUCGACGCACCCAUAAAAGUGGUAUGGCCAAAAAAAUUUUUUGGCUUGGAAUCGGAAGAAGCAUUACAAUUCACCAUGCUUGGAUUGGGUGAUAUUGUCGUUCCUGGAAUUUAUGUCGCACUCUGUUUAAGAUUUGACCACAACAUAUACUUGAAAAAGAAUCCAAACGCCGCUAAGCACUCUUCAUUCCCAACCACAUAUUUCAAUAGUUGUUUCGCGGCUUACCUCAUAGGUCUUAUAACCACUAUUGUCGUAAUGCACACUUUUAAAGCUGCCCAGCCUGCAUUAUUAUAUCUAUCCCCGGCCUGCAUUAUCUCUGUUUUAAUCACCGGCGCUAUAAAAGGAGAGCUCAAAGACGAUGAGAAUACCGAAGAAGAAGGAACCAAAGACAAAUCGGUGGCAGAUGCAGCAACUGAGGAAGAAUACGUGGAGGUGGAGUCAUUGGCUGGCGGCGCCAAAAAUCGGAAAAAUAAAAAGAGCACAAAAAAGAAUCAUUGA